AUGGUCGGCCUGGGAGAAACCAAUGAACCCGGCAAGAUCCUACCUGAUGCUUGGGAUUACAAGGGCCGGCCGGCCAUCCAAGCCCGAUCCGGCGGCUGGACCAGCGCCGCCAUGAUCCUAGUGGUGGAGCUGAAUGAGAGGCUGACGACCCUGGGCAUAGGUGUGAACCUGGUCACCUACCUGACCGGCACCAUGCACCUGGGCAACGCCGCCGCUGCCAACGCCGUCACCAACUUCAUGGGCACCUCCUUCAUGCUCUGCCUCCUCGGCGGCUUCAUCGCCGACACCUUCCUCGGCCGGUACCGCACCAUCGCCAUCUUCACCGCCGUCCAAGCCGCCGGUGUGACCAUCCUGACGAUCUCGACAGCUGCACCGGAGCUGCGACCGCCGGCAUGCGCUGACGCAGCGUCGGGCGACUGCGGCAACGAAGCUUCCGCGGUGCAGAUGGGGGUGCUCUACCUGGCGCUGUACCUAACGGCGCUAGGAACAGGUGGCUUGAAAUCAAGCGUGUCCGGCAUCGGCUCCGACCAGUUCGACGAGGCCGACAGGGAGGAGAAGCACCAAAUGAUGAUGUUCUUCCACUGGUUCUUCUUCUUCAUCAGCCUCGGGUCGCUGCUGGCGGUGACGGUGCUGGUGUACAUCCAGGACAAUAUGGGCCGGAAAUGGGGGUACGGGCUAUGCGCGGCGGCCAUCGUGGUGGGGCUGGUGGUGUUUCUGUCGGGGACGAGGUGGUAUCGGUUCAAGAAGCUGGUCGGGAGUCCGCUGACGCAGAUCGCCGCGGUGUCGGUGGCGGCGUGGAGGAAGAGGGGGCUUGAAUUGCCGUCGGAUCCUUCGAUGCUUUAUGAUAUUGAUGGUAUCUCUGGCGCCCAAGGGGAGGAGAAGGGGUCUAAGAAGCGCAACGGGAAGCAGCGGCUGCCGCACACCAAACAGUUCCGAUUCCUGGAUCACGCUGCGAUCAUCGUCAGCUCGACAACUGAAGAGAGCAAAUGGCAGCUAUCAACCCUGACAGACGUAGAGGAGGUGAAGAUUGUGAUCAGAAUGCUCCCCAUCUGGGCCACAACCAUCAUUUUCUGGACCGUCUAUGCCCAGAUGAGCACCUUCUCCGUCGCCCAGGCCACAACCAUGGACCGCCGCAUUGGUCCAUCCUUCCAGAUUCCCCCAGGCUCGCUCACCGCCUUCUUCGUCGGCUCCAUCCUUCUCACCAUCGCUUUUUACGACCGCAUCAUCGUCCCGAUCACCCGCCGCUUCACCGGCCACCCCCACGGCCUCACCCCUCUCCGACGCAUCGGCGUCGGCCUCGUUCUCUCCGUUCUAGCUAUGGCCGCCGCCGCCCUCACCGAGAUCAAGCGCCUCAAGGUGGCGCAGUCGAGCCCGCUCGCCGUGGAGAAGGGAGCGACCGUUCCAUUGAGUGUCUUCUUCUUGGUCCCUCAGUUCUUCUUAGUGGGGGCUGGGGAGGCCUUCACCUACGUCGGCCAAUUGGACUUCUUCCUGCGGGAGUGUCCCAAGGGCAUGAAGACCAUGAGCACAGGGCUGUUCCUGAGCACCCUGUCGCUGGGCUUCUUCGUGAGCUCAGUUUUGGUGACCAUUGUGCACAAGGUGACAGGGGAGGGUGGCCAUGGAGCAUGGCUUACGGACGAUCUGAAUCGUGGGAAGCUCUACAACUUCUACUGGCUGUUGGCUGUGCUGAGCCUGGUGAAUUUUGGGGUCUACCUGGUGUCGGCAUGGUGGUAUGUCCCCAAGGAGGGCCAGCAGGCGGCGGCGGCGGCGGCGGAGGUGGAGAGCAUGGUCGGGGUGGAGUUGACAGAGGCAGAAGCAUGCAGCCAUCCAUAGGAUUUUUUGCACUUGACAACACAGCGCAUGGCAUGGUUUGAUCUUCUUAUAUUUCUGACGUGCGGUUGCUCAAUAACCUCCCGUGCUGAUGUAUCAUCUAAUACCGCACAAAUGGUUUUAUGCAUGGUCACAAGCUCCGCGUAUAAUUUUAAGCUUAAAAGAAUUAGCAGUACCUGGAGUUCCACAUGAAUAAAAAAUAUGAUGAAGUAUUUCAAAAGAGAGGAGAAGAAUUUGAGGAGGUCAACAUGAAGAGAGAAGCUAAAGAAUAUGUUGCUCCAGAGACAGCAGCCGUUCUUUUACGUGUCUCGCAGGUCACCGGGGGAGGGAGGGUGGAGGAUCGUGAAGAGGAGGAAACUAGGAAGGAGAAAAGAAAAUGAAAGGAAUCAAGAGAAAGGGAAGGGAAGAGCAAAGUAGAAGUAAGCCAGGAUGAGGAAAGGACGGAGAACAAGGAUAGUGGGUAGGGGAGAGCACAGUAAAGUUAACCAAGGAUGAGAGAGACGGAAGAGAGGAAACAAGAGAGAGAGAGAGAUGGUAACCGGGAGAGAAGCAGAGGUAAACAAGGAUGAGAAGGUCGAAGAGAAGAAGCAAGCGAUAGAAAUGGUGGUAGAGGAAAGAAUAGUAGUAGUAGAAGAGGACGCACGGGAAAGAGACAAGAAUCGAGACUUAAGGACAGUCGGGAAGGUCAAAGUAAAGGCAACUGGAAACGAGAGAGAGAGAGAGAGAGUAGGAAGAAGAAAGAGAGAUUGAAGAGGAUAAGGGAAGUGAGAGAGAAGGAGCAGAGAUGGUAGGGGAGCGCAGGGCAAAGGUGACAAAGGGAAAAGAGGCAAUUGCAGGCGAGAAAACAGCAGAGGUAAAAGAUGAGAAGGAGAGAGAGAAAUCAAGAAAGAUGGUCGGGAGAGUAAAGUUGUAUCAUCUCAUGACACUAACUGGAAGAAGAGAGAACAAAAGGAGGGAGAGUCGAUGGGCGAUGAUGACAGGAAGAGAGAGGAAACAAGAGGCAGAGAUGGUAGGGGUGCGAGGUAAAUGGGGAUGAGAAACUAAAGAGAGACGAAACAACAGUGGAUGCCCUUCUUUUGAUUUUCUUAUCAAAUUAAUCUUUGUUAAAUUUGAAGUAUAGCUUCCUUAACUUCUAGUUUGAUGAUAUAUAUCGACUUGUCUGAAACAAAUAUGUUCUAUUGCAGAGAGAUUUUAUCAUAUCUUCUUUUGUUAUCCAUGUUGUGGUUCGUUGCUUUCUUUCCUUCUCUUCAAAUCAUCUCUCUUCCAGAGCGAUUCACACUUCCAGAAGGAAAUUCUAUCCUGUGGCCUAAUAUGGUGUGCAACUUUUCAUGAAGACUUUUGACUAAGCAAGCAUUCA